AGCACUUGUUAAAAUAAUGGAUCAAAAUCUCUCUGGUUCGCUCAAAAAUAUCCUUGUUUUCGCAAUCUUUUCCGUCUAUAUUUUCUUCCAUUUAGUUGUUGCUUUAAUUUUUAUAUUAACACAUUAUGCCUUAUUAGUGAGAAUAUUUAUAUAAUCAAUCAAUGAUUCGCUCCUUCAACUAUUAAUUUUAUCUUAAUUUUCAUCGUUGUUUUUGGUAAUUGGCUAUAUUUUAAUACCUUAGGUUGUAAAUUUUCCUUUUAUGUCUCAUUAAAAUCUAAACGCCCAUUUAAAGAAAUUGACCUGUUGUUGGGGGAUGGUUCAGGCGCGCGUCUUUUUCAUCUUAUAUGACAAUAUUUUGUUGAUAAAAUUAUUAAAUAUAUUAUUCAUUUGCCAUCGAUCAGUUGCGCAUCUUACUCGUGAUUUUUGUGGCAUCUUCCCUGACUGUUUUGAAUUGUUCCUUCAAUUCACCUUUCCCUAUUCUCCUAUCGUUUAUUUCCGCCGCUCGCUUACUUCCUGUUAA